AUGGGAGGUGGAGGGUUGUCCCUAUCUACUACUAUAAACCCGCAAGGAUUUAGCACACCCCCGGUCCAACAAAGCACCUCUACUGCUGCAGCUUCUAUCCCGACGGCCAAAAGGGUGUUAACCUCACCUGAGGACGUGCAGGAGGCAGUCAGGCGCCGCGUCCAAGAGAAGAAGUCGGUGCAUCCGCCAGUUAGUGGCAUACUAACAAAGCCUAUGCUAGACCCCGCCUCAACUUCAGGUAAUGCUUCGCGGUUCAUCUAUCCUGAUGGCUCCAGUGGCAUCUCAGUGCUGGACAAGGUUGCGCUUCUGGAGAUGGUACACGCGGCUCUCAAAGGAAUCGCAACUGUCGCCAAUGCGAGCAAUAAGCUCAACUUGGUUGACAAGACCAGCAUUGCCAGCCUCAGCCAAGACAUCCUAGCGUACGUGGCAACGCUAGAGAUUAGGUACGGCGAAAAGGAACAGGAGGUAACGGCCUUUAAGCUUAAGUGUGCGCAGCUGGAAUUUUCGGUUGCUCAAGCCCAGACUUUUCCUGCCCCUCCUAUCCCCUGUGUGGCCUCUUCAACUUCUUCUGCUGACAGCUAUGCCUCCAGAUUGAAGCUACCUAAGGGAAAGCCACCACUCUAUGUCCAGUCCAAGGGCCCGGCUGUAAUUGUUUCAGUCUACUGCGAACAUUGA